GAGUUGCCGUUUAGCAGCACCUUAAUGUUUUGACGUUCGUUUUUUCCCCUUCCUUUCGUGAAAAAUUAAAAAAAGGAGAUUUGCCAACCGACAUACUGUGUGUCGAAAAGUUGUCAUCCAUUGCUAGUGAGUGGGAGUGCAAGCCUGUUUGUGUGAACUCGCCUUUUUAAAAAAAAAGCCAAAGGCUGCGAUUAUUUACGUGCCAACUCAACGAAUUGGAUUGCGACACAAGAUUUCACAGAAGAGGAUAUACGUCAUCCUGUAGGAAGGAGGAGGAGAACGGUGAUAUUGUUUGGUUGCAGUUUCACUCUGUCAAUGAUGGCCCACUGUUGUGUUCUUUUCUCCAAUUCCUAAACACCGAGCUUGCCAUCACUAAAAAGGAAACAACACACAUGUAAUACCAACUAUGCUGUAGUAUUUUUACUCAAUCUGUUAGAAAAACUGUUGGCUCUUAAGUCAAUAUUUUGGUUGUUACGUUUCAUCAUCAUAAUCACUAAACCCACAUCACCCUCAGAAUAGCAGUUUACCACGUCGAGAUCUGAGCUUUCAUCAGUCUUUCAAUCAACAUGAAACCCAUAAUCUCUUAUGAAGAGUGCAUGAGGGAUUCCCCAAAGUUUAGAGAUGCUCUGGAAGAAAAUCAUGCAAAUUUAGAUGAUCUGGAAAUUAAACUUGAAAAAGUUUUGAAAAACUGUAACUUAACAAUUGAUGCAGGGAAAACCUAUUUGGGCUUCCAAAACAAUCUUGUCCAGAGCAUGUUACAAGUGAGCUUGCAUUUCAAAGGAGAUCCAGCCGUCUCCCAGGCUUUAAAUAAAGUUGCCAAUUCACUGCAAGAGACCAUCAAAUAUCACUCGAUUCUGAUUGACCAAACCAGCAGAUCAGUUUCUAGAUCGCUUAAUAAUUUCCUAAAAAAGGAUUUGAAACAAGUCAAGGACAGUCGGCAACACUUUGACAAGAUCUCGGCCGAUCUCGACACAGCGCUCGCUCGACAUGCUCAAGCUCCGAAGAAUUCCAACAAGAACCAAGGUGUUACCGCAUCUGGCUCGGCGAAUACUGUACUAGCCGCCAGCACUCUGUCCUCCACACACCAGGGUUUAAUGACCACAAGUGGAGUGGACGAAACGUCAAACGUGUUGAUCGCCACUCGUAGUUGCUUCCGUUACACAGCGCUGGACCAUUUGUACACUAUUAGUUUAGUGCAGUCGAAGAAACGCCAUGAAAUUCUUGAUCCAUUACUUUCCUACAUGCACGCCCAGAGCACAUUCUUUCACCAAGGAUCGGACCUUUUCCAAGAUACUGAUCCGUUCCUGAAAAACAUUGGAUCAGAAGUGACGCAGUUACGAGAAGAGACCAACGCGCUAGAAAGAGAGUUGGGAAACCGGCACAGUGUAGUCACAUCAAAGGAUUUAGUGCCCAUGUUGAAAUCCGAGACGCUGAACGGAACCCGCAUGGAAGGAUAUCUGUUUAAGCGUACGACGAGUCCAUUCAAAACGUGGAAUAGACGGUGGUUCGCCAUUUGCUCCAGUCAAUUGAUUUACCGGAAAAGGACAGGUGACCGAGAAGGCACAAUCAUGGAGCAAGACUUGAAACUUUGCUCCGUCCGACCGUUGGUUGACAUUGAUCGCCGUAAUUGCUUUGAAGUCAUUUCACCCACCAAGUCUCACGUUCUGCAAGCGGAUUCCGAAGAGAUGUUCCAGGUAUGGAUCCAAGCUAUCCAAGAUGAGAUAGGUGCGGCCAUGCAAUUGAUGCUAAGCAGUCGGAGUAGUUCGGGGCAGAGUCUGGCAAGCAACGAGUCACCUAGGAGCAAUGCUAAAGACAGUCAAAACUCUAGCCACUCUACCACUGAUAGCGCCAACACAUCAAAGGAAAGUAGUAGAGAUAAAAUUUUAUCGGACAUUUUAGCAGUGGCUGGAAACGACCGCUGUUGUGAUUGUUCAGCAGAAAAUCCCGAAUGGGCUAGUAUCAAUUUGGGCAUAACAUUGUGCAUAGCUUGUUCGGGUAUCCACCGUAGUCUUGGUGUACACGUAAGCAAAGUAAGGUCGCUUACCUGGGAUAAAUGGGACGGCGAAGUGGCCCAAGUGAUGGUUUCCCUGGGUAACGCUAUCGUCAAUUCAAUCUACGAGUCUAAAGUAGAUACUGCCAGUGAUCUGUGUAAACCACAGCCAGACUCGACCCAGCAAGUGCGAGAUGCAUGGAUACAGGCCAAAUAUGUCAAAAAGCUGUUUGUCGAUCAUCGAUGGGCUGGGGACGAGAAUCUUUUGCAAGAAGCUGUUAUCAUUCCUGAAUCAGGUCAAGUCGAUCCUAAUUGGCUAUUAAGUAAAGGUGCUGAAACGGGUCAAAUUGUGUGGAUCGCUCGCGCUCUAGCUUUAUACGCGGAUCGCAACACUACUAGCGGAAACACCCAAGAACGGGCUCCGGUUCAUUUAGCCGUUUUAAACGGAUCAGUUACUUUACUACAAUAUCUUCUUUUAAAUGGGGCCAAAAUAAAUACUAGAGAUGCUGCUGGUAAAACUGCCUUGUUACUGGCCACAGAACUAGGUCUUCCGGCGCAAGUAGGACUACUAUUGAAAAACCGCGCUGACCAAAAAAUUGCGGAUAAUGACGGGAAUACCCCUUUAGAUGUAGCCGUAAAGACUGCAAACGCUGAUAUUGUUAGCUUUUUGCGCAUUUCACGUUUAACUGAUGAGAUGAGAGAGACGGAAUUUGGGGAAGCUGGAGACGAUACUUUCCAAGAAAUGGUGCGCGACUUUUUACGAUAAAGAUUCGAUACAUAAUGGGGAGCCACUCAUAACUUUAUAGGUCCUAUUUACCUUUCCCCUACUUCCAAAUGUUUUUUAAAUUUUUCCUAUGAUGGAUACAUCCUGUUAGUGUCCUCUAGUUUUUCAUCCUAAACUCUUCUGUGAUGAACAAUUUGUCUCUUGGUUUACCAUCUCCGUUGUUUCUCAUUUUUAUUACUUCCAUAUGAAAAACUUGAAAAAUACACAAAUUAUACAUUCCCGA